UAUUUAGUCUGUGGUUGAGGAGACUGUAAUAUAGUCGUGAGUGGAGUGCCGAGUAGUGUUUUAUUUAAGACUGAAGUUAUUGUUAUUUUAUAUCUUUCUAUUAAACAUUAUCGAUCUUAGUAAAACCUCAUAUUUAACAUUUGUAAACCAUUACACGGCGUAGCUUUAAUAUAUAAAUAUGUAACCAUGAACAACUAUGCUUGAAAUUAAAAGGUUCAGCGAUGUAUAUCAAGGUCUUUUAAACAAUUGCUUGAACGCAAGAAGAUGAAAUAAGGUAAUCGUUGCAUAAAUUUAAGACAAAAGGCUGAAGUUUUGUCCUUCACACAUUAGAACAUCGUUAUCUAUGCACGGUUACAGAUCGGUUUUGUUAGAGGUGAUUACGAAGUAACUAAAACAGUGCAUGUAAGUACGCAGUGAGCACAUCUAGUUUAUAAUCGUUUCGCCAACGACGUGUACAUACUAAUUUAAGCUAUAUCUUUACUGGUGGAGGGUCCUUGCUUCUUACUGCAUUCUUAUCACAAUUUUAUCAGGUAACGCAAAUAAUGUAAUUACUAAUGGGUGAUAACUUGCGCUAGAUCGUCAUUAUGGCUAAUAUAAAGACUAGAGUUAAUACUACUAAAACUGCAUCUACAAAAAUUAAUGGGAAGGGAAAGGUUGGCAGACCAAAAAAGUCAAUAAUUAAUAUUCAAAAUGUGACAGGGAAAGAUGCCUUGAAACGACAACUAAGAAGAAAAGAUAUUGAAGUUCUACCUGAAAUAACACGAAAUUCUGAUAACAAAGACAAGAAAGUGGGUAAUACAACAAAUUUAAAAAAAUUACUGUCUAAAAGUGGCCAUAUUCGACACAAAAAUAAAAUUGACAUAAAAAUAUUUGACAAAAUUUUAAAAACUGAAUUACAAAUUGAAGACAACAAUCGUUCAUUAAGAAGCGAGGUAAGGAAAACACGAUUUAACAACAACAAUGACAUUGAGACAUUGAAUGCCCAAAAAGAGAGCACAUCAGAAAAAACUGGAUGUGUGGAUAAUGAUAAAAUUGAAAAGGACAUUGCAGUUGAUACUUCAGCAGAUAAAUUAAAAAAAAUAGCUAAGACUAUUAAUUAUAAAAAUACUGCAAUUUUUACAAACGGACAGCUGUUUAUAUGUGAUUAUUGUAAUAAAGAGUUCAAUACUAGAGCAUCAAUAAGACGACAUCUCUUUCUUCAUGAUAAAGUAACAUCAUAUUCAUGUCCGCAGUGUAAAAAAUAUUUUAGAAACCAUCUUUAUUUAGCAGCACAUACAAAGAGGCAACAUCCAAAUUGGGAGAAACACUUUAUGUGUAACAUUUGUGAUAGACCAUAUUUGCUUAAAUCAAAUUUAAAACUACACUUGGCUAGUCAUAGUCGUAAUGAAAAAAUGUUUAAGUGCAUAUAUUGUAAAGAAAAAUUUGCAGACCAAUAUUUAUUAAUUGAUCAUGAAAAGCAGCAUUUAGUUGAUGGAAAGUAUUUAUGUAUUAUCUGUGAAACAGCUUUUGAUUGUAGAAACAGAUUAACCUUUCAUUAUAGGUCUCAUUUGAAAGUUAAAGAUUUUGUAUGCCAGCAUUGUGGAAAGGAAUUCUUGAGGAUGAAUUCAGUGAGACGUCAUGUUCAAGUUUGUCAUUCAGGUCACAGACUUCAAUGUAAAAUAUGUAAAAAAUAUUUAAAAGGUCAUUUAUCUGAACAUAUGCGUACCCAUGAUAAAAAUCGUCCCCAUGAGUGCCCUGAUUGUGGACAGCGUUUCACACAAUCCACACAGCUGACAGUGCAUCGUAGGUCACACACUGGUGUUCGACCUUAUACAUGUAGGAUCUGUCAACGCCCUUUUUCACACUCCAAUGCAUUGAUGCUCCAUAUACGUCGACACACAGGUGAAAAACCUUUCAGUUGUGCAAUGUGUCCUAUAUCCUUCUCACAAUUGCCACACAUGAAGGCUCACAUGUGCAAGAUCCAUGGAAAAGAAGAUCCAUAUAGAUGUCAGAAUUGUAAGCAGUUCUUUAAGCUCAAGGUUGGAUUAGAAGAACAUUUAAAGUCUUGUAUUAAAACCAAAAAAGGCUUAGAAACAGUUGAGAAAGAAGAUCUAAAUGGGGAGUCUCCUGCUCAGCUGUCUCGUAUGAGGUUUCUUCUUGCCUUGCUACUCACUAUGAUUGCCACCAAAGAGAAACUAAAGAUUUUAGGUUUCAACAAGCGAUUAAUUGAUGACCUACUUGUGGAAUCUUUGGAAGCUAUGCGCUACAAGCCUUGCAAGGAUAAAAACUUGACUUCAUUUAAUCGCCUUAAGAUAAAUAUAGAAAUGUUACUGGAAGGGACUGUGCCAUCAAAACAAAUGGAGAAAUUAAAGAAAGACAACAAAACCACGGAACAAAUUCUGGAAUUAUUAACGGAUGAGAAAAAGCGCAAUUAAUGAAAAUCAUAAUCGUAAUUUAAUUAAGUAAGUCCCUUUGAUAUUAUUUAAUCAUAACGUAUUAUUAUACCAAUUUCGACUUAAAAAUUAUUGUUUUCUGAUAUUUUAUGUGUAAGAAAAGACUGCCACUACUAUUAUUUUUAUUUAUGGACAUCACCAAAAAUUUAGUUUUAAAAUGUCAGCUACUUUAUAGUUUGGCAGGAAA